AUGUCUGAAAAGCCGCGAGCUCGAAGCGAAGUUCACGGGGUCCAAGUCAUCGAGUGGGUCGAACGUGUGCCUGAUGGUAAAAUGGGCCCGCGCAGAUCCCAUCGCAAGUCACGUAACGGUUGUCCCGAGUGUAAAGCGCGGCGACUCAAGUGUGAUGAGCGAUACCCAUGUACCAACUGCGUGAAACAUGGUAUUCCAUGUAGCUAUGUGGUUCCGACCGAGCAAGAUAGUACGCCAGCAUCCAGCGCUUCCCCAGCGUCGCAGGCGCAGGCGCACAUUCAACCAUCUUCACAACCACCUUGUGUGAACCAUGCGCCGAUUCCGCAUGGUGAUUACCUUUGGAAUCUUGCAAAUUCUGGCAAUGCAGUUGAAUCUCCAAACAGACUUGAUCUGCUGGGGAUCCUGCCCAGAUCAAGUCAAGAUGCUCCGGUGGACUAUGAAGAUUGGGGGAUGGUAGCAGAACUGAUGCACCAUUACUGUACCGUGACAUGCAAUACCCUGACUCGUCGGGAAGACGUACGCCAUGUUUGGCGGGUUAUUAUACCCACAGAGGGCUACGCGAACAAGUAUGUCAUGAACGGUGUUCUGGCCAUCGCCGCCAUUCAUCGCGCGUACCUCUAUCCAAGCCAGAAGGACAAAUAUACGAAAGCUUCGGCAUACCACCUUGCUGCCGGUCUGAAAGAAUUCAGAGAGCUCAUAUCAUCGCCUAUUGACCGAGAUAACUGGCAACCUGUGUUUUGCUUUUCCUCGAUGAUCUGUAUGCAUAUUUCAACGGCCACGAUUAGACUCAACGCAGAUCGGUUGCCUACGCCAUUGUCCACCAUAAUCGAAAUAUUCGCCAGCGUCAAGGGGUUUCAAGCAGUUAUGAAACCAUUUUUGCGCUCCCUUCAGAAAACACAACUUGCUCCCAUGGUCAAUUCUGUCUGGAUAGAGGAUGAACCGAGCAUUCCGAGUAGCCCUGCUCUGGUUGCUCAAUCUUUACUUCCCCCAGAUGUCUGGACCCAAGUAUCUCGACUUCGUAAAUUCGUCGACGAAUAUCCUUUCCCACAGACUCAAUCUGAGUCCCAGCACCAAGAUCCCGAUGACGAUGAAGCUCCACAAGAACAUUCAGAUAUCCGAAAAGACUACAAAAUUGCCAUGGAGUUUUUUGAAGUCUCAGCCCGCCAAAUCGAACUGGCAGGCCCGCAUGUAGAAACCGGCAUGGUCUUUCUCUGGGCCUAUCCACUUUCAAAGCGGUUCCACGAUCACUUGAUAUCACACCAUCCCGCGGCUCUAGUUUUGCUAGCUCACUAUUGUGUACUGCUUCAUAUGGUAGAUCAUUUUUGGUAUAUGAGCGGAAUUGGCCGUCAGCUGUUGGAGGAUAUCGAGACUAAGACGCAUCCCGCAUUUCGGGAGUGGCUGGUUUGGCCGAGGCGGUGGGUUUUGAAACAGCCGAUCUAG